AUGUUAAACCCGUUUAUGGAAAACGCGCCUCUGGUCAACGGCAUGGGCGUCAAGGUCGAGGAAGACUAUAUGGCCGCGUCCCAGGACCACUAUCAUCAGAUGCAUUACGGGCAGCAGCAGGCACCGCCACCACCACCGCCGCCGCCGCCUGCUCCGCCGUCUGCGCACCAUCCGGGCUACCCGGGUCCGAGGGACUUUUUGCACAUCCGCCGUGACGUGGCCGACUACCACCACCACGGCCAUCACCACCAUCACCACCAUCACCAGCACGGCGGAGAUCAUCACAUGAGCGGCCUGUACCCGGGGGCAGUGCACCACGACUUGCAGCUGCACCACGGACAGGCGUACCCGCCGCCGCCGCACCAGCCGUCGCUGCAGCCAUCCGCGCACCGGCACAACGAUUACGGCGGCCAAGACCCGUACGGCUGCGGGGGCGGUCACCCGGGUGGCGCGUUUUACCGGUACACCAGACACGGCCCGGUGGCGGCCGCCGCGCUCAAAGACAUGUCGUGCCUGUGGAUCGACAAGCCCGGGCCGCCGAUGCGCACGUGUGGCAAGAUGUUCGGGUCCAUGCAGGACAUCGUAUCGCACAUAACUGUCGAACAUGUCGGUGGGCCCGAGUGCACGACGCAUGCGUGUUUUUGGCACGGGUGCGAGCGCAAGGGCCGGCCGUUCAAGGCCAAGUACAAGCUGGUCAACCACAUCAGGGUGCACACCGGUGAAAAACCGUUUCCGUGCCCGUUCCAGGGGUGUGGCAAGGUGUUCGCCCGGUCAGAGAAUCUCAAAAUCCACAAACGCACUCAUACCGGCGAGAAACCGUUCAAAUGCGAGUACGAAGGAUGCGACCGUAGGUUCGCCAACAGUUCGGACAGGAAAAAGCACUCGCACGUACACACGUCGGACAAGCCGUACAACUGUAGGAUAUCUGGCUGCGACAAGUCGUACACUCAUCCCAGUUCCCUCAGGAAGCACAUGAAGGUGCACGGUAACGGCAAGAUGGACAGCGACGGCAACUACGACUCGGAAGACUCCAACUGCUCGUCAGGUGGUUCGAUCAGGGUGACCGACAGUUGCACUACUGCGACGCCCAGCAUCGUGUCGCCCGUGGAUCACCAUCACGGAGCGCAGACGCCGUCCGUCCUACACCCGACGGCUCUGCCACUUCCCACACCGCCAACGUCCGAUUGGUACAUGAACACCGGACCUGGCGCGCCGUCCAUUCAACCGUCGUCCGUCGACCACGGUCACCACUAUCUGACCGACCUAAAUCACCAUCACCAUCACCAUCACCCGCACCACCACACGUCACUGAUGGCACAUCACCAUCACGGCACCGCGGCUUAUUGA